CGUUCAGAUCGAGGUCUGCAGGUCAUAAACACUGUAAUACUCCGAAUGACAUGCUGCCGGUGUGUCAGAUGAUCAUCAGGAGAUAAGGAGGACGCUUGAUGGUGGUGACAUCAUGGUUAUAGCUGGGUUAUAAAGCUGAGUCUGUAGAUCAGGUUGUUUAUUCCAGACUUUCUGAGGAGCAGGUGAUGGCUAUCACACACUACACACUGGUGUACGGGAUCCUGAUGAUCAGCGUGUUUCUGAAGUCCAGCGCUAAACCGCUAACAUCACUCCAGCCCAUGGAGGUGAAGAAUACGACUGCAGCAGGGAACAAUUCAGAACUCCAGAUGAUGAACAGAACAGAGGUGGAUAUGAGUGUGAAGAAAAAGAUCUGGUCCCUGCUGUGGAAGAGAAGAGCCUCGAGUAAGCGAGACACUCGUAAAAACUGCUUUGGCUUUAAAAUAGACCGAAUCAGUGACCUGAGCGGAAUGGGCUGUUAACAUGAACAUGUGAAUUAAUUUAACAAAAAAAAAAAAAAAUCAUUAAAUAUAUAACUGGAAUAUAAUCUGAUCUGUUCUGGAGAUGACUAGAGAUCAUAAAGGACAUCGUUCUAUCUGAUGAAUAAAUGUUAUUUAUUAAGAAACGGAUGGAUGUGAGUCAAUCUUACAGAGCUUCCAAACAGCUCGCUGUUACCAAACUGCUGUUAAAAACAUUUGAUUGUCAAACUUGACAACUACAAAUAUCAACUAAACUGUGUGUUUGUGGAGGGUGAAGUGUCCUCACGUGUCCAAUUUCCAUCUGUUUCCAUCUGAAUUUAAUAUUUUUUUAAUAUACAUUGAACAAAUUGGAUAUUAAAUGAAUUUGUGGAGGUCUACACCCAUCUGCCUCUUAAAGGUUCUUUAGUUGUUCCCAUGGAAAUAGAUAAAAAUGGAUUUGUACAUGUAUGCAAUAUCAAAUUUAUACUCCGGGGAAACAAGACAUGGUUAAUAGCAAUAACAGAGUUCCUGGGCACUGAAGAAGAACAAGUUAAAAAUAAUAUUUAAUUUUUUUUUUUCAAGAAUGACAAUUUGUUUAUAUUUAUUUAAAAUAUUGCUUAGGUGUGUGAGUAUAUUAGUAAGAAAAACUGUUACUGUUACAAACAAAACUGUGAGAAAAAAAAGGAAUCAGUUGCUUGAGUGCAAUUUUUUGUAUGUAAUGUUUAUUUUACGCAAUAUUUUUUCUCCUUUUUAAGAAGGGUGCCAAUAAUUUUGAAGUGCAUCUUAUUAGUGUAUAUUAUGGUUCGUUCAGUAACACUGAGAUAUUUGAUUGUCUUUAUAUGGAUGUGAUUUGUUCUAUAAGACACAUAUCUUUAACUUUUUUUAUAUGUAUAUAAAUAUUUGCAUUGUUCUAAUGUAUUGUUUAAUGUUGUGUAUAUUCUUGUUAUUUGUGUAUUCUGUGUAAUCUUAUGUCAUACUAUAACACUGAGUUUAUAACAUAGAGUUUGUGUUCGUUUUACAGAUACACAUUAUGACUUCAGUUGUUGAUGUUUGACAUUUCAUAUGAUUUAGUAAAGAAUGUGAUUUAAAAUACCAUUAAUAACUCAUCUCUGCUUCUUUUUGUUAAGGGAUAUUGCAUACUGGUAAAUACAGUGUUCUAAAUAAAAUUAUUAAAAAGGGGAAAUAUAUAAUGAUGUGAAAAGCUACAGAGCUACAGUGGAUAUAAAAAGAUUACACACCCCUGUUUUAUAUAAAUAAAAAAGUUACAGUAACCUGGUUGCAUAAGUUUCCACACCCUUUUAUAACUGGGGGUGUGGCUCUGUUCAGAAUGAA